UUCCUGUAUGUUUCUGGACAGCGAACACCUGUUGAUUCUUGUUUUCCCAAACAUCUCUGAAUGAGCAUGAGAAAAAUGCAACAUUACACAUGUUCGCUAUUUUUAACAUUGCGGAUGGAAAUAUUGAUCAAAUAAAAGUGAAAAACUGAUUAAUUCGCAUCCAACGGAUCCAAGCAAGCAUGGAAAUUGAAAAUCUUCCUAACGAGCUGUUAGAAAAGAUCUUCCGAUAUCUCUCUGCGGACGACCUGGAAAACGCAGCCUUAGUCUGUCUCGCCUGGAAGGACAUCAUCCUCACGGUCAUCAUUCCAAAAUAUGUGACAAUACACCUAAAACCGGUCCAUCCUGUCACCCAUGAACUGAUCCCGAUGCCCUCGUUACUAUCUUCACAAAUAAUGAAUACCUUUCCCAAGUCACACUACAAAAUCACGGUUCCCAAUGAAGAACUUGUCGAAGCACCGGAAUUCAUCGAUUUCUUCAAACACUGCGGACCGAACUUGAGGUCCCUUCAUCUUCAAGUCGUUCAGCUAUCCGAGGGAAUGCUCAAAGUCUUCCCAUACCUUUCAAACCUAGAAGAACUCUGUUUGACAACCGAAUCCGAUGAACUCUACGGUGCAAAACCCCAAAACCCUGAACUCUACCUUCCCUGCCUCAAAAACCUGAAAUCCCUCAAGUUCUUCAUGCCCAACUACUUCAUGCUCCUCAACGCACCCCUCCUGUCCUGUUCCCUCUCCAUCCUCUGCUUAGAGCGCUUCGAAGUAGAACUUCGGCACCUAAAACCCAUCCUCCACCAACACGCAUCCACCCUGCGCGAGGUCACGGUCAAGGUUGAGGAAAUGAAACCCUUCCUCCAGUACCUCAACUCCCUCCCCGAUCUCAAACUGCGCAAACUCAACAUCAAGAGCGGCGGCAACGAGGACGACUUCACCGAUGCCCUCAUCCAGCUGUUUUACCAGCAACCUCAGCUUCGCAUCCUCCGUAUCGGAUCCGAACUAUCUCUCCGCGCCGUUUCCCAAAUUCCUCGGAUGCUCCCGGACCUGCAAGAACUGGAGCUGAUCGCCGAGAGCAUCCACGACUGCAAGGCGUUCGCCGAGUUGAAGCACCUCCGCAAGCUGACCAUGUCGCUGUACGACGUCCGCGCUUGGGACGAAUCCGCUUCCAUCGGGAGCGUCGUGGACUUCUCGCUUUCCGUUACGUUCCCGCUCAUAUCGCCGGCCGUUUUCUGCUCCUUUCCCAAUGCGAGGAGCUUCUACCUGGAGGACGUUGACGACGAUACGCUCAUGCGGGACAUCAUCGUGGUGCAGACGUUGAUGGAGCGGGUUCAACGGGUGGAACGGCUCGACUUGGAGAACUACGUGCUAAAAGAACGCGAAAUCCUGAACGACAGCGUACAGCGCUUCGACACGAUCGAAGGCCUGCGUAUGCUGAAAUACAGCUGCCGGGACAUGUCGGACGCAUCGUUGUUGACGAUGGCACUACCGGAAUUGCGGGAACUACACCUCACCCACUGUCCACGGGUAACGUUCAAGGGCGUUUCGUUUCUGGUACGCAACUGUCCGUUGAUCGAGACGCUACACGUGGAGUAUAACAAGACGGGCUUCAACGACGAUUGUAUGGACGUUAUAACGAGGAAGUUGACGGGGCUUCGGCGACUGUAUCUGGUGAACUUGAAGGGACUGACCAAUGAGAGCGUGGAACACAUACUGACGAACUGUAGGUCGUUGAGGGAACUAACAUUCUCGUACUGUAUUGGCAUAACGAUGGACAAGGCGGAAGCUAUUGGGAAGCUGAGCACGCUGAAGACGCUACGAAAAUUGAUCUUUAGCUGAACUACAUACGCUGGGGAAUUCAACUCGUUGGUUUGUCGGAGAUAUCGCAAAGUGUUGCUAUGAAUUAGCUCGAUAGUAGAUCACGGAGGCUUCCCGUACUUGUAAACCAAUAGUUAAGUUUAUUAUCUGAUUGUUAAACCCUUUCUAGUAGAUUUAACAUGUUUCAUAAUAAAUCAUGCACAACAGCUUUAAAAUCGGAAAUUUAUUCAAA